GAUAUGGAUGAAGAAGACGAGAGGGAUAUCAGGCGACGAGGCCAGGUCAGAGCAGCUCAAGGCAGGUUUCGAGUCCGUCAAGAACGGGAAAUGAAGGAGCUCCGGGAAAGAUCGACUUUACAAGCCGGUGUCAUCGCGGAGCUACGCAUGGAAAUUGAAUGUUUGCGACAGCAAUUGUCACAUCACGAAAACGAUUUGGUAGUCCCUCGGACGAUCCUGCCCGAUCCUGCCUGGCUAGCACCUCCGCCCCCUCCGAGAAAGAAGCGACGAGGCCGAGCUGCGGCGGCUCAAAACAACGAUGACCCUGUCCCAGGACCCUUGAACGACAUGGACGGUGCAGACGGAGCUGCUUACCGUCAGGUAGUCCAUCAAGAUCGCAGCUUUCGACGACCGAAUGAAGAGGUCAACCCUCUUGCCACUUGGUCACCUCAAGCUGAUGCAGGCCAACACAAUCAGUGGGCUGACAUCAACCGAUGGCGAGAUGCAAUCCUCAACCAACCUUCUGCUCCGGGCUUUGAGGCUUUUGGCCAGCCUGCUGCAUGCCAGCCGCAGAACAGAAGAGAGUCCUGGCAGCCCUUGCCUGGCAAUUACCAAGAGUCUCUGCCAGGGCCGGGCCUUGAACGGAACAGUGCCAGCGUCCCGAACCUGCGAUUAGAUUUACCCUCAUCCCGAAAGCCGGACAUAGUACAGUCUGCGCCGCUCUCUGCUGCCACGACGCCCACCUGGACCUCGAGUGGCUCGCAACGACGCAAUGAGCGAUCCAUUGCCGAUCGUACCUCCACCCCUUUUGAGCUUGCACUCAGAGCCGCUGCCGCCCAGACUGGCGGACAACUGGGAGCCGGGUCUACCUGGUCAUCAAAAGCCUUUGACUCCCGCUCGACCAGGAGAGACAGAGCUGCGACAACGGCCUCUGCUCCUGUCCCCUCAGCGCCUUCUUCCAGCACACCGAUGCUUGGCAAUGAGAGACUAGGGUUUCGCUCUGCUUCUGCCGGCAAUGUAUACAUGAUGGACAAUACUCUAGGCCUCAACAUCAACGUGGCCAACGGGGCUGGUCCAUCUAGCCAGCCAUACUUUCCCAGCAUUAAUGAAGCGAAUGGAGCUGGACCUUCUUAUCAGCCUUACCACCGCAGUAUCAAUGACCUCAAUGGCGCUGGACCUUCAAGCCACCCAUUCCCCUCAUAUCCGGCUUUGCAGGGCAACUAUCGACCAGUGCCAACCUCCGUGAUGCCCGCGCAAGAUGAAAGCAUCCCGCCUCCUGACCUCCCAGGCAGCAACGGAAACUACGGCCUUGUCGCGCCUGCGGACAGCACACUGGUCACACCUAACACUGAUACUGGCGCCUUCACUGGUAUCCAAGCCCCCUGUACCAGUGAAGAAGAGCGAGAGCGGGACAGGCAGACCGAGGCUGCGCUCGCCGAGGCAUUGUCGUACGAUGCCGCAGCGUUCCCUUUGAACAAUUUGCACCCCCCUUGACUCAAUCUAGAUCUUCAUCAGACAAAGCCAGCUGGCAUUUUGAGCAUUCGUAGGGAUGGGUGAAGGGCUACGCCGGUCCAAAAGGUCGGGUUCUAUCGAAUUUUUCUUUAGCCCCGGCGUAAGUGCAUGUCAUCUAUGUCAUCCAAUUGUGAAUGUGGCACCCACAAUGUAUUUCCACUACGCUUACUUUCUGAAUUGGUGGUGCCGCAUAGCGCAUACGAGAUGUCCAACCUGCUUUUGGUUCUUUGCGUGACACUC